AUGAAAGUAAUGGGAAGAAUUUGUUUUUGGAUCUUGAUUUCAUUGUUUCAUUUGAUAGUGUAUGCUGCAGAACAUGAAGAUGUAGCAAAGCAUGCAAUAAAGUUGCAUCGUGGGAAAGGAGCAGCUAUUACUCAGAGAAAACAAUGGGUUCUAGACAAUUGUAGAAAACUAUCUGGCCUUCUUCGACAAAAGAAUGUGGUCCUUAACAAACUAAAAAAUGCUAUAAGAGCAGUGGAAAAGAAUUCUGGACUGUCAGAUGAAGAGAAGCUCUUUCAAGUACACACAUUUGAAAUUUUCCAAAAGGAAUUGAAUGAAAGUGAAAAUUCAGUCUUUCAAGCUAUCCAUGGACUCCAAAGAGCCCUGCAAGGAGAUUACAAAGAUGUUGUGAACAUGAAAGAAAGCAGUAGACAGCGACUGGAGGCUUUGAGGGAAGCUGCAAUUAAGGAAGAAACAGAAUAUGUUGAGCUUCUGGCAGCAGAAAAGCAUCAAGUUGAAGCCCUUAAAAAUAUGCAGCAUCAGAACAAAAGUCUGUCCAUACUUGAUGAAAUUCUUGAAGAUGUAAGAAAGGCAGCAGAUCGUUUAGAAGAAGAAAUAGAGGAACAUGUUUUUGAUGACAACAAGUCAGUAAGAGGAGUCAAUUUUGAGGCAGUUUUGAGAGUAGAAGAAGAGGAAGCCAAUUCCAAGAGAAAUGUAUCAAAACAUGAAGUAGAAGAUAAUUUGGGCCUUAGUAUGUUAAUUGACUCCCAAAACAAUCAGUAUAUAUUGACUAAGCCCAGAGAUUCUACAAUUCCACGAGCUGAUCACCACUUUAUAAAGGAUAUCGUUACCAUAGGAAUGUUAUCUUUACCAUGUGGUUGGCUAUGUACAAUGAUAGGAUUGCCAACAAUGUUUGGUUACAUUAUUUGUGGUGUACUACUAGGACCCUCAGGAUUAAACAGUAUUAAGUCUAUUGUGCAAGUGGAGACAUUAGGAGAAUUUGGUGUGUUCUUUACUCUCUUUCUUGUUGGCUUGGAAUUUUCCCCAGAAAAGUUGAGAAAGGUAUGGAAGAUCUCCUUGCAAGGCUCAUGCUAUAUGACAUUCCUAAUGAUUACAUUUGGCUUAUUGUGGGGACACUUUUUACAAAUCAGACCAACACAAAGUGUUUUUAUUUCUACUUGUUUAUCCUUAUCAAGCACACCCUUGGUGUCCAGGUUCCUUGUUGGUAGUGCCCGAGGUGAUAAAGAAGGUGAUAUUGACUACAGCAGUGUGCUCCUUGGCAUGCUGGUAAUGCAAGAUGUACAGCUUGGAUUAUUCAUAGCUAUUAUGCCAACUCUUAUACAAGCAGGAGCUAAUACAUAUUCCAGCAUUCUCCUGGAAAUACUGAGAAUAUUGAUACUGAUUGGUCAAAUCCUCAUUUCUCUGGUUACUGUUUUUCUUGUAUGUCUUGUUAUAAAGACUUAUCUUAUAGGCCCAUAUUAUCGAAAGCUGCAUAUGGAGAGCAAAGGAAAUAAAGAAAUCCUUGUUUUAGGAAUAUCAGCCUUCAUCUUUCUAAUGUUAACGAUUACAGAGCUUCUUGAUGUUUCAAUGGAGUUGGGGUGCUUUUUGGCUGGAGCAUUGAUUUCUUCUCAAGGUCAUAUGGUUACUGAAGAGAUUAUGUCCUAUGUUGAACCUAUACGAGACUUUUUGGCCAUCAUUUUCUUUGCAUCUAUAGGUCUCCAUGUUUUCCCUACUUUUGUAAUAUAUGAACUCACUGUUUUGAUGUUUCUCACCCUGUCAGUGGUAAUACUGAAGUUUGUUUUGGCAGUGCUUGUCUUAUCCCUUAUUCUGCCCAAGAGUGGUCAGUACAUCAAAUGGAUUGUCUCAGCUGGACUGGCACAAGUCAGUGAGUUUUCUUUUGUUCUGGGAAGCAGAGCACGGAGAGCAGGAAUCAUCUCAAGAGAGGUCUACCUACUUAUAUUGAGUGUAACUACUCUAAGUCUUUUACUUGCCCCAGCAUUAUGGAAAGCUGCAAUUAUGAAAUGUUUGCCAAGACCAGAAAGACGAUUAAGUACCUGAAAAUAAAAGUAUUCAUCUAGAAAUAAUAGGUUCCUUUGCAAAAAUAACAAACCAACCCCAGAUCUCUUUGCAGGAAUUUGUGAUGUACCUUCUUAUGAGCCUUACAUAUUUUAAAGUAAUACAGACUAUAUUAAAUUAUUAGUGUUUUGAUGUUUGCACAGCUUACUA